CUAUGAGGGAAGCACACAUGUCUUUUUGAUUCAUUUGCACUCCGGCGAUAAAACAGUUGACUCUUCUAGUGAGAGGAGUAAGUCUUAACAGAGAGAGAAUAUGUCACCUCCUUAAAUGUGGCCAUCUUCCCGCUACUUAUACAGGUGAGAAGGUCUCUCAACUCAUGGGUCGGUUUAGUCCUGACAUAUUUUCUACUUUUUCAUUGACUUUUGCCGCCACGUAUAAUCAACUAUUCUUUCUAGGGUCAGGCACGCAACACAUUCCGUAAAAUGUGGAUACAUUGCUCUUUUUUGUCUUUCUUCAGGCGUCUACCUAGUAUCUCUUCGAAUCGUUGCCAAUGACUUUUUUUGGAUCAAGUGUCUUCUAAGUUCUCAAUCUCUCUUUGGAUGUAUCCAAUGAUAAUCUAAAUUCGUAUGGUUUGAGAUUCAUGAGAUCUUUAGCGUAGUUUUGUUGCUUUGUUAUCACAAGCAUUUAAUGCAAUUAUAGUUGUAAUUAUAAAUAUGAUUAUGUAGAAAAAUGGGAGUUAAUCACUUUGAUCGACGUGCCUAAGAAAAAAAAAAGUGAUUUGACAUAGGAGUUUGUUUCUUUCUCCUUCACGAGUCCAUCAAUGCCUAGAUAGGAAAAGUGUAUUUUUCACAUCUACAAAAGGGUCUUCAAAGGAUUUGUCAUUGUUUGGUGGUUUGGCUUUGAAGGUAAGCAAAGUGAGUUGAACGUUAUCUGUACCGAAUCUAAGUUUGGUGGCGAACAAGCACGUAGCUGUGACACAGGGCCCACGGCCCACCAUCGAUAGUGGACAAUGUCUCUGGCCCAUCCUCCAAAAGGAACACAGUGAAGUAUCUUGAAAGAAAACGUUGUAAGCAGUAGCGAGUUUGGGCAGGCAGCCGGUACUCAGUAGUCAGUACUCGCCACUGCUGAUUCCCAUCAACUUCAGUACUGGAUUGAUUUGAUUUCUACUUCCUCCUCCUCCUCCGGAUUGAUCAAUGGCGGCGGUGAGCUUGGAAGGAGAGAAGGUGAUACUGGUACCUUACAUGGAAGCCCAUGUUCCCAGGUACCACGAAUGGAUGCAGGACCCGGCUCUGCUCCAAGCCACAGGAUCCGACCCGCUUUCCCUCGAAGAAGAGUACACUAUGCAGCUCUCCUGGACUCGAGACCCUCUCAAAAGGACUUUUAUUGUUCUGGACAAGGAUUUCCUCCAAGGAGGGUUUGUUCAUGGAGAUCCCCAUGUCGAAGCUAUGGUGGGUGAUGUAAAUAUAUAUAUGAACGACUUGGAUGAUCCACAAAUGGCUGAAGUCGAGAUUAUGAUAGCUGAACCGAAAAGCCGCGGCAAAGGACUUGGGAAGGAAUCGGUUCUUAUGAUGAUGGCCUAUGCGAUCGAGAGCCUUGGGAUCCAUAUGUUCCGUGUUAAGAUUGGAGAAGCAAAUGGAUCAUCUCUUCAUCUUUUCCAAAAAUUGAGAUUUGAGCAAGUUUCACAUAGCGAAGUCUUCAAAGAGGUUACACUAGAAUUACCGGUCACUGAGAUGAGGCGGAAGGAGUUGCUGUCUUCAGUGGGUAAUGUAGUUAGGCAUACAUAUAACAGUUCAUGACAACUGACCGUUGAUCAUGCUGAACUCCUUGGUAAUUCUAGUUUGAGCAUGAGAUUUCCGAGUAACGAAAACAUGACACACUAGUCGAUUCAUUGAAGCUAUAUAUUUAACUGAGUUAAUAUAUAUCUUUCUUGAUCAUCUCCCUGCUUCUCUUUUGAAAGGAGAUGUAGUGUACCUUGAAAACCAUCAAGCUCCAGUUUCAGGACAUGUUGUGCAAUGGUAGUAGGUCUGUGUUUAAGAGCGAAUUGUAAUGUUGAAGCUAGAUGGAGCUAUGGCUAUUACAGAUCUGUAAGGGGCUUAUUGGUCCUGGAUUUUGGUGGUGGGUAAGCAAAAUGACUGAACAGAGGUGAAUCAGGAGAGAUGCCCUAAGAAAAGUGCACUUGUCAAUUCUUGAGAAGGAGAUAAUAAAAGUAAUCGAGGGUAGACAUAACUUGAUCAUGACAGAUUUUACCAUCUAAACUCCUUCCUUCCUCUGUGGAGUUCUAGAACAUGUUGACAAAAAGAUGUAAAGAAAAAAAGUCGACAGUUUACAACAUGAUUGGCGGUCCUUUGAAAAUAAGAAAGCAUAUGGCUUUGCUGGCUAAGUCUGAUAGCUUCAAUCUGCCGGUGUUACAAUUUCACCUACUCCUUGAUGCUUUGCCUGGAUGGGAAAAAAGAAAGCUCUUAUUUCGGGAAGACAAGCUAGUCGCUUAUGUGUUGAUUCACUGGUGAAAGCGCGGAAGAGCCAAAAGAAGGUUAGAUGGAAGUUUGGGUGGGUGAGCAAAUUCUUGAUCCAAUUACUGCUUUUUUUUUUCUUUAUAAAAAAAAUUGCCUAAAUGGCAAGUUUGGUCACUAGAAUUAUUUAAAAAGUUGACGUUUGUCACUAAACGUAUUUCAUCCGUAGUUUCUUAAAUUAAGUUAACAGUCCAAG